UUCACUGAAUCAUCUCCCACCUUUACUCUUUCAUCCUCACAAAACGGGAAGUCAGCACUCUAACAAACCAUGAUGAGAUUUUUAAGCAGAUUUUAACGUACACUUCUUCUGUUUCUAACACUUCAUUAUACUCAUUUCUUCUCUCUUUUUCCCAUUCUUUUAUUAGAAGCGAAAUCUUUAAAUUAGAUUAAAUUUAACUCAACAAGAGAUUAAUUUUCUUCUAACCGUAGUUUCCACUCCAUCAUAAUCUCUGACGCUAAGCCCGAAAGUUGUUCUACGUUGAUCUGUUGUUAAAGUACAGGGGGAAAUCUGUCGCGGAGGCAGUAGGAUGCAAUGCAUAUCAUGAGGUUGUAACUUUUAGUAUUUUGGUAAUAUUUUCAAAGCUAAACGCAGAGGCAAGAAAACGCAGAUAUGGCCAUCUCAAUGAAAGAUUUGGAUCCAGCUUUUCAUGGAGCUGGACAAAAAGACGGAUUAGAGAUAUGGCGCAUUGAAAAUUUUAAACCAGUACUUCUGUCAGAGUCCUCCCAUGGAAAGUUUUUUACAGGGGACUCCUAUAUCAUUUUAAAGACAACUGCACUAAAAAGUCGGGCCCUCCAUCAUGAUAUACAUUUUUGGCUUGGUAGAGAUACUAGUCAAGACGAAGCUGGCACUGCAGCUAUCAAGACAGUUGAACUGGAUGCAGUUCUUAAGGGGCGUGCGGUUCAGUACCGUGAAGUGCAGGGACGUGAAACUGAGAAGUUUCUCUCCUAUUUUAAACCAUGUAUCAUACCUCAAGCAGGUGGAGUUGCAUCUGGAUUUAAACACGCUGAAGCCGAAGAACAUGAAACUCGUUUAUAUGUUUGUAAAGGGAAACAUGUUGUUCAUGUGAAAGAGGCAAGUAAAGAUGUUUUGUUAAUAUAUAUGGUUUUCUUAUCAGCACUCAUUGCUAAGUCUAGGCCCCGAAUAUUAUGGUUUCAGGUUGAAUUUGUUCGAUCGUCACUCAAUCAUGACGACGUCUUUAUCCUUGACACAGAAUCCAAAAUUUUCCAAUUCAAUGGUUCAAAGUCAUCCAUUCAAGAGAGGGCUAAAGCUCUGGAAGUGGUCCAGUACAUCAAAGAUACUUAUCAUGAUGGAAAAUGUGAGAUAGCUUCCAUUGAGGAUGGAAAAUUGAUGGCUGAUGCUGAAAGUGGAGAAUUUUGGGCUCUGUUUGGUGGUUUUGCUCCACUGCCAAGGAAAACUGCUACCGAUGAUACUCAAAGUAUUGAUGCUCUUUCCACUAAACUUUUUGGUGUUUCUGAUGGGAAUCCUGAAGCAAUAGAUGCUGAAUCUCUGACAAAGGAGUUGCUAGACACUAAUAAAUGCUACCUUUUGGACUGUGGGUUGGAAAUCUAUACCUGGAUGGGGAAAAAUACUUCUCUUGAUGACAGAAAAAGUGCAAGUCGAGCUGCCGAGGAAUUACUUCAAAGUGGAGAUCGUCCAAAUACUCAUAUAAUUCGUGUGAUGGAGGGAUUUGAGACAGUGCUGUUCCGCUCAAAAUUUGAUUCAUGGCCUCAAGCAGUUGAGGCAAAAGAAUCUGAGGAUGGUAGGGGCAAGGUUGCUGAAAUGCUCAAACGCCAAGGGGUAGAUGUUAAGGGACUUACGAAAGAAGAAGAUCCUGCAAAGGAAGAUACUGAGCCAAAUAUUGAUUGCACAGGGGACUUGCAGGUUUGGCGUGUGGAUGGAGAAGGAAAGACUCUUCUUUCAGACCCUGAUGAUUCAAAACUUUUCAGUGGAGAUUGCUAUAUAUUCCAAUAUACAUAUCCUGGGGAAAUGGGAGAUGAAUACCUUAUUGGCACAUGGUUUGGAAAGCAAAGCGUUCAGGAAGAUAUGAGUUCAGCAACUACACAAGCAAGUAAGAUGGUCGAGAAAAUGAAGUUCUUGCCUACUCAGGCACGCAUUUAUGAAGGAAAUGAACCCAUCGACUUUUUUUCAAUUUUUCAGAGCCUGAUUGUCUUUAAGGGAGGUCGUAGUGAUGGAUACAAGAAAUAUAUAGCAGAGAAGGAACUCCCAGACGAUACUCAUUCAGAGGAAGGGCUUGCUUUGUUUCGUGUUCAGGGCACUGGGCCAGAGAACAUGCAAGCAAUUCAAGUUGAAGCAGUGGCAUCGUCUCUGAACUCCUCUUACUGCUACAUAUUACAUGAUGCCUCCUCUGUCUUUACAUGGUUUGGGAUCAAUACAUCGGCCGAUGAUCAAGAACUUGCUGACAGAUUUGUGGAUUUGAUAAAGCCAGAUGUGCAGAGCAGCAGGACACAAAAGGAAGGUGUAGAGUUAGAGCAAUUCUGGGAUUUGUUAGGUGGAAAAUCAAAAUAUCCCAGCAAGAAGGUUGGAAGAGUAGCUGAAAGUGAUCCUCAUUUAUUUUCAUGCUCAUUUUCGACAGUCUGAAUUUUAUUUUAUUUUUGUUUCCAGGUGACAGAGAUAUACAACUUUGACCAAGAUGAUCUAAUGACUGAAGAAAUAUUUAUCCUGGAUUGUCACUCGAAUAUUUUUGUAUGGGUGGGGCAAGAGAUCAUCUCAAAACAUAGAAAGGAUGCAUUAUCUAUUGGAGAGAAAUUUAUUGAACGGGAUUGUCUUCUCGAGAAUUUGUCACCUCGAACUACUUUAUAUAUUGUAACGGAGGGGGGUGAACCAAUGUACUUCACACGCUUCUUUAAAUGGGACUCCAAUAAAUCUGCUAUGCAUGGAAACUCAUUCCAGCGAAGACUUGCUAUGAUUAAAAAUGGAGGAAAGCCUGUACCGGAUAAAGCCAAAAGGAGACCUCCUGCAUCAAUAGCAAGAUCUGCUGCUGGAUCAGAAAAGCCACAACGUUCUAGGAGCGUGUCGGCCAGCAAUGACCGACCCCGCUCACGGGGCAGAUCUCCAGCCUUCAGCGCAAUAGCUGCUAAUUUUGAGAACAAAAAUACUAGGAACCUGUCAACUCCACCCCCUGCUGUAGAGAAGCUGAUUCAGAAGCCUGGGACCUCUGAUUCCACACAAUCGACUAAUAGCACCUCAGUCGGAUCAAAUCUAAUGCCCCGCUCUGUUAAAGGGAACCUCGGAGCAUCUGAUAAAGAAGAUUCAAUGAGCAGCAUUCAGGAAGAUGGAAAAGAAGACGAAGGUGAUGACGAUGAAGGACUCCCAACAUACCCUUAUGAACGGCUUACAAUACUCUCUAUGGAUCCUAUUAAAGAAAUCGACGUGACCAGACGAGAGGCUUAUCUUUCGACAGAAGAGUUCAACAACAAAUUUGAGAUGACGAGGAAGGCUUUUUACAAGUUACCACUGUGGAAACAGAACAAGAUAAAGAUGAAACUUCAACUAUUCUAAGUUCUUCGGUUCUAUUUAUGCUGAAUUCAUUGCAUCCAGAUUGCGAAGGUGGUGGAGCGGCUCUCUGAUACUUGUUUAACCCUGCCUUGGAACUCAUGGAUCAGCACUUAUGAAACAUAGGAGGCAAUACAGACUAUUAUUUCAUGUAAUGUGUAAUGUAGGAAACCAAAGUUAGCCUGUAGUUCAAUUUUUGCUGAGAAAAAAGCGAAGUGAGUUUAUGCACAUUGAGGAAUUUUUAUCAGGAAAAUUAAAUAAAAUUUUGGU